AUGAUAAUAUACGACGGGGAGAAGUAUGCGUGUGUUUCCUGCAUACGCGGGCAUCGCUCUUCGACUUGCCGACAUACAAAUCGAAUGUUAGUCAAGGUGCGUAACAGAGGUCGUCACGGGUCAUUAGACAUCAGGAAAGUGAUCAUAGUGGACGCAGAUUCCCAGGUGCAAUCGGAGGAGAAGUCUCCUUCGUGCGACAACUGUAUAGAUAGUGGCGCGACUGGCGAUGGUAAGGAAUGUGAAAAGAUGAAUAAACAACCAAUACUGUUUCUGAAAACGGUGCGAACGCAGAAUGCCGUUUUAUCUGAAGGCAAGCUGAAAAUCAUUGUCGAGGACAAUGGCGACAGCUGUUGCGGCAACGGCAAUGGGCUGAAGGACGUGAGGCCGGGCUUCAAAUAUGUGACAGAGAAGGAGUUUCUGCGACAGCAUUGCAUCGAUUUAGCGAAUUCGGAAGUUGGUGAUUCCUGCGGAUGCAAGUCAAAAGGACUGCCGUUGUCCGUCAUGAAUCAGCAGACUUCAACGCCAGACCCAGCGAUGAAACUGGAAUAUGACGAGCUAGCAAUACCGAAACUGGGCUCCAGCGAACUGUCGGCGUCCAUUUCUGAGUCGAAACUAGGGAACGAUUUCCGAGUAAGUUCAGAUCAUAACCAGACGCCGAUUAGUGAGCAGAGCGUUAUUUGUAAUACCAGUAACAACAUAGGGGUGGACGCCGAAGCAUCUGCAAAUUUGUUGGCUAACGGGAUAGUCAGAAAUGACAACGACAAUUACCAUAUUGAUAACGCUUCGAUACACGCCAUUUUGAAUCAAAAACCAAUGGUAGAAUUGUUGACACAUAAAGGGCUAUAUUUGAGUACACAAUGCUCUUGCGCGGAUGACAGUUGUUUAUGUGCCAAUUGUUUGCUUCAUAGAAAUGAACAAGAAUUAAGCUCGUAUAUACAGCAAAGUGGGGUGCCUCUGACAAACUUAGGUGAGGCUCAGUUAGCAAAUUCUGUUAAAGAACCCGAAUGUGCAGAGAACUGCAGAUGUUCGGAUAUCGAGUGCGCAUGUCAUGACUGUCUGGAUCAUCCGACGGAUAUUUUAUCAUUCAACAGACUUUUAUUUAACGGAAUCUUAAAUGUUCCAUUGAAGAGAAAAACUGUAAUAAACUAUAAAGGGCGAUUGAUCCCGUCUCAUUAUUGGUGGGAUUUUUUGAAGUUUCAGGUUCCUUUGAUGACAGCCAGCCAGUUGGACACACUGGAUAUGAUUGCUUGGUUUGAUAGCAUUAUUUCCACAUACCCCUUGCAACUGAUGGAUGCGAAUGCUUUUAACGUUCAUGCAGACACAUCUAUAUUUGGAUUAUAG